GAAGCUUCGCUGGAUAUCUUUAUAGUGGUCUAAUUAGUGGGACCACUAUGACAUAACUUUCUCUUUACCCAACAACUUUGUUGUGGAAAAGGACUUAGAAAAGAUGUUAAUGUUCAUUCUAUUUGGACAAUAUGCCCGGAAGCUUCGCUUGAUAUCUUUAUAGGGGUCUAAUUAGUGGGACCACUAUGACAUAACUUUCUCUUUACCCAACGACUUUGUCGUGGAAAAGGACUUAGAAAAGAUGUUAAUGUCUUCGCUUUUAUUGCCAACAUAAACAGAAGUUCUCAGACUAAUUUUGAACAACAAUGGCGUUCAACUUCUACAUUAGGCUUGUGCCUUCACUCUUGAAUGCACUCUUUGUCAUUCAAGUCAUGGAAUUCAGUCAUUGCAAAGUCUUAAUGAAUAUAAGUUGCAUUGGCACUGAGAGGAAAGCUCUUCUAGAAUUCAAGCGGGAUCUCAUUGAUCCUUCAAGACGUUUGCAGUCAUGGAUCAUCGAAGAUUGUUGUGAGUGGGAAGGAGUUGAAUGCAGCGAGAAGAAUGGCCAUGUCUUGAAGCUCAAUCUUCGUAAUCCUUGUGAUGGCUUAGAGUGUAGCUUGGGAGGUAAGAUACAUCAUGCUUUAAAAGAACUGAAGCAUUUGAAGUAUCUAGACCUUAGCUACAAUAAUUUUUCAACCCAAAGAAUCCCAAAAUUCUUAGCUUCUCUUCAGAAACUAGAGUAUCUCAACCUCUCAUCGGUAGGCUUCCAUGGACAUGUUUCCAAUCAACUUAAUAACCUUUCUAGCUUACAAUACUUGGAUCUUAGUAAUUCGUGGUGGUGGCCCUCUAUUAAAAUAGAGAAUCUUCGAUGGCUUUCGACAUUUCUUAACUUGAAAUAUUUGGAUCUAUCUUAUGUCCCCCUUCUCAACUCUAACCAAUGGUUAAGUUCUAUUGACAUGCUUUCCUCCUUGGAGUUUUUAAUAUUGAGGGGAUGUAAUUUGGAAGAUGUUUCCACCUCUCUGCAUGUCAAUUUCUCUUCUCUUAGAUUUCUUGAUUUGAGUCACAACUCCAUGAAGUCAUCUAUUCCUUCUUGGUUUCAAAACUUGAGCAAACUUGAACAUCUUGAUUUAAAUUUUAAUAAUCUCCAGGGCAUAUUCCCCACCGUCAUACUUGAAAAUAGUCGGUGGCUUAGCUUCCUCGAUGUCUCUGGAAAUAGGCUCGAGGGUGAACUUUUGAAAAACAUGAGCAUUUUUUGCAAUCUGCAAGUACUAGACUUGCGUUCUAACGAAUUUAGUGGGACGAUUUCGGACAUCAAAGAUGGUGCUUUGACUUGUGGGCAAAGUUACAUGAAGACUAUUGAUGUUUCCGGCAACAAUUUCACUGGUCACAUUCCCAAUAAAAUUGGGAACUUCAAAAAUCUUGAAUUCCUUGAUCUUUCAUGGAACUCGAUUUCAGGUCCUAUUCCUGCUAGUGUGGGCCAGCUAUCAUCUUUGAGAAAAUUGUACCUCUCUUCUAACAAAUUGAGUGGGAAUGUUCCAGAAAGUAUUGGGCGACUAUCCAAUCUAGAGGUGAUUGACAUUCAUAAUAAUCAAUUGGAUGGAAUUGUCAGCGAACUUCACUUUGUCAAUCUCACCAGCUUGAUUGCAUUGUACUUUUAUUCGAAUGAGCUUGUUAUAAAUGUUAAUGCAUCUUGGGUUCCUCCUUUCCAAAUUCAAGUGAUAUUCAUGUCCAAUUGCAAAGUGGGACCAAGAUUCCCAAGCUGGCUUCAAACACAGAGGAACAUUUCAGUUUUGUACAUGUCAAAUGUUAGCAUCUCAGAUGAAGUUCCUUAUUGGCUACCUGACAUUUUAACCAACAUUGAACGGUUGGAUCUCUCGAGCAACAUGUUGAGAGGUGACAUAUCCCGAAUUCUUGGAAAAAAGAUGCCACUACUAAGGCUGGUGUCACUUUUUGGAAAUAACCUUAGUGGUAGCAUUCCAAAUUCAUUAUGCAUGUCAGUUGAAUUGUCUUUUCUCGAUCUCUCUAAGAACCAGUUGUUCGGGAGACUUCCGCUGUGUUGGAGGAAGUCGCAAGUGAAUUUGGAGUGGAUUUCAUUGGGAGGCAACAGGUUAAAUGGUCAGAUUCCAGACUCUCUAUGUCAUUUGAAGCGAUUAGGAGUUCUAGGCCUACAUGCUAAUGGCUUGAAUGGAGUGCUUCCAAAAUGUUUACUAAAGCUAGAUUUGGUAUACCUCGAUCUCAGUGACAAUCAAUUAACUGGUGGCAUACCUCCAUUUGGAUGGCACUCUCAAUCAUUUAGGAUAAUCAAUCUUGAGAGAAAUUACUUGACCGGGGACAUUCCUUUGCAGCUAUGCCAUCUUGCUAAUCUCCAAUAUUUAAGCCUAGCGCAUAACAACAUUUUUGGAGGCAUUCCUCUUUGUUUCAACAACUUCUCGCAAAUGUGGACCAACUCCACUUUUACUCCACAUGGAAGAUUCCCGUUGGGGUUUUCUGUUAUGGUUAACACAAAAGGUACAAGCCUAGAAUUCACCACCAGCCUUCGUUAUUUAUUUUCCAUUGACCUUUCAAGCAAUGCAUUAGAUGGACAAAUACCAAAAGGGCUGACUAGGCUUGCUCGACUUCAGAAUUUAAACCUCUCUCGAAAUAAGUUGAUUGGAGAAAUCCCUUUAGAUAUUGGCAACUUGAGAGACUUAGAAUCACUAGAUCUAUCCAAUAACAAGCUAUCCGGUGAAAUCCCUCCUAGCAUAUCCAAUUUAGACUCUUUAAGUUAUUUGGAUCUUUCCUUCAACAGUUUAUUUGGUCCUAUUCAGUCAAACAAUCAUCUAAGUACUCUAAAUGACCAAUCUGUUUAUCGUGGCAACAAUGGACUUUGUGGAGCUCCUCUUUUGAAAAAUUGUACUGGAGAUGAGCAUAAUGAUAUGGACAAACAAGAUAGUCAUAGUACGAGCGAAGAUGAGUCUAAUAAAGGAGACUCUGUUGUUUCGUGGUUUUACACAAGGUUGGUAGUGGGUUUUGCAAUGGCAAUCUUGGGAUUCUGUGGCAUGUUUUUCAAGCAAUCUUGGAGGUUCUCCUAUUUUCGGGCGGCGGAUAAGAUUGUCGAAACAUUAUCAAUUGCCAGGGUAAUGAUCGUGCUUUGGUUCAAGAGAACUUUUCAUUUCCCACUGCGAAAUUAAAAGUUACAUACAUUUGUCCUCACAUUUGUGAGUCGCAGGUGAUUUCUUGCGUGAAAGUACGAAUUAACUUAUCCAAUUUCAGAGACAUGCGCCACUACAUCUGCUGUGAAACUAGUAGUUCCUUUCUUCACGAUGGAAGAUUAAGAAAGAUUGCCAUUGAAGGUUCCAUUAAAGUGAGCGUUAUUUUGCAACAUUUUUUUCUUUCUUUCUGUUUGGUUUUAUAAAAGCAGCCGGUGAAACAAAAGACAAGUAUGUUUAAUUUAUAAUGAGAUAACUAUGUGAGCCGAAAUUAGACGAGUCUAUUGUUCUAUUGGGUAAAAAUUGGAACAUUGUUUUGUGCUCGUAAAAUGUGAAAAGCGUUGAUAACUAUCAAAACUCGUAAGCAAGAAUAGUUUGACUAUCAACUUGUUUAGUUGAUUACAGUUCGCAAGUUACCAACACUUUUACGAAAAUCCCAACAGUUACUAGAUUAUCUUAAAUUACUGUCUAAUUCAAUAAUUUACCAUCAUUUGUUUAUGUCGACACCUAAAUUUUGGCAAUCCGUUUAGUCAUUUAUCAUAUUAAAAAAUUAUGGAUUAAUUUUAUCCCUAAAAAAUAAUAAUUGCAUAACAUAUAAAUUUAGGUACAUUUACUUUUAAUUUACAUUUUUUGCAUUUUAUUUAUUGGACCAGUGAUUGAUGGGUUUGAAUUAGUGGUUCUGAGCUUUAACUUGGCAGGCCGGAUUAAGCCCACAAAGCGAGCGAAUUGGCACAAGCUUCUUUUUUUUCUCGUGAAAAAUAAAGAUUGAUAUGAUGAAAUUUUUUGGAUAUGGUAGAUGUGAUAUCAAAUAUUGCAUUUAGAAAUUUUCUUUUUGUGGAUAUGGAUUUGGAAAAAUUAAAACCCUAACUCAUUGCCUAUAAAAAGAAAAACGAAAUAGGGUUUUGUUGGGGCUUCUCUUCGUUGAAAAAAAAAAAAA